AACACUGGCAGAUGAAAACACUUGAGUGGAUCAUGGCCUAAUCUGGCGGCAGAGAGCCGCUUGCUGAAAAAGUAUUUAGGGAUAGCAAUUGAUGUUGUCUGUUUAAGUUUAAAAGAGCGCUUUUGGAGCACAUUAAUUAUAGUUAAACUUUUUUACUGAUAUUUUUCGAGUCAAGAAAUUCUACAUAAUAUUUUUUAAAAGUCCCAAAUGAAAGGCAGAUUUCUGUAAUUCUUCAAACACAUCACACUUUUACAACGCUGCCAAAAUUAUAAUUUAAUUUGUAAUAGCGACAUUUCAUGUUCUAAAUGCUUGUUUGCUUGGACCAAAUUGAAGCUUAUAUCUGUAAACUAAUAUGCAUCUGCCGAGUGUCCGGGAAGAGGAUACGCGCGAUGGCACCACGCGCCUUAUCCAGGAGUACCUGGCUUCGCUGGAGAAUGUCAAGCUGGACGAGACCGGCUGGUAUCGUGGAUUAUCCCAUACUCAAAUGAAGGCGGCGCAAUCGGUGUCCGAUUCCCUGAGGGACGAUCUGAACCAGAAGACAACCUCAACGAUCACCAAGGUGUUGAAAGAACUGGGACUCAACCCAAUGCCGGCGUGGGACACACUGCGUCUAGCCAUGCAACUAAGCCAGGGCAGCGACCUGGCCUUCCUUUGGUUCCUCAUGGAAAUGUGCUACAAGUCACCGAAUCACGGCAGCUCCUACAAUGUCAACGAGCAGAUCAUCAUGUCGUCCAUCUUCUGGCUGGAUCUUAUGCCCACUCUCAAAGAGCUUGAUCGUUGGCUUCCCUUGCCGCAUGACUCUCAGGCGGAGCGGGAUAGAGCCGAUGCCAUCAGACAGCGCAGGCGAAGGAUGAAAAAAGAAAGGGAGGAGGAGCGCCAAAGAGAGCUGGCCAGAAGGUGCAAGCCACAAAGACCCCUGGCACCGUACUUUCAAGAACAAGGACCCGAUCUGAACAAGAGGAUGCGGAAUACUCGCCGCCUGCUUUCCGCUCAUCCGGGUCGUCCGGCCUACCUCUCCGAACUGCAGGACUUUCAAGCUUUCCGUUCCUCUCCCAUGAGCUCCCGGUGGUUUGGGAACUACUCCUUAAGCAAGGCCAAACGUGUGGCCAGGUCCAUUGUCAACGAGGAGAUCAACAGCAUCUUCGAUUCCUUUCAGGCCGCUUCACUGCCUCCCGACGAUGUUGAGUCCUUGUGUACCCAUCAUCAGCACAUCCGGAAGAUGGAAAAAUCCCUAAGAAAAGAACUGGAUCUGGUUAAGCAGAAAAAGUACGAGGAGCUGAUCAUGGCCAAAAAUAGAGUGGAGCAGCGGAGGCGAAAGCUCGUUGUCCAGGAGCUGGAGGAAAUGAGUGCCACCUACUUGAAGCGCUUCAGAGAAUUGGCAGCCAGAUCUAGACUGGCCACUACUCGAAGGCACCUCUUUAGUGGCGGCAAUUAUUUUGCCGAGGGAUUUCCGUUUCCUAUCCCGGAAACCUACAAAUGUGAUCAAAUGGGGCAGGAGAGGUGUAUGGGAAAUUUGGAACCGGCUCCAAUAACUCUGAAUAGUAAAAGAAAAAGCAUUCACAGGCGGCGUUCCAGCUCCAAAGGGCGUUCAAAAGGUGGAGCUGAACGCAAGUCCAGAUCGCACAGCAGAUCCAAAUCCAAGUCGAGUUUCAAGUCGAGAUCUAGGUCGAGAUCCAGGUCAAGAUCCAGGUCUAGAUCCAGGUCCAGAUCCAAGCCUAGAGAAUUCCCAGCUGAGCCGCCACCUAAAUUCAAACCUGAUUUCAAGGACAUAAUGGUCAAGUUGUUAAAGGGCGACAGACCCAUUGUACCCGACUGUCCAGAUUUAAAGCUUGAGCCCCCAGAGUGCGCCCAGUGUCACAUCUACGAUCCCGAUAUCGAUAAGGUCAAAUCCAAGUCCCGGAAUAUGAAAGAUCGUCGUCCCAGCAGCUUGAUGCAGUUCCUCCACCUCUGCGGCAGUGCCAAGGAUGUAAGGAGUGGUUUUGGUUCCAACUGGAAUCAAAACCUCUCUUCUCAUCCUGGACACAAUCGCAAGUUGGUAGAAAUGGGACCUCCGGGCAGCAGUACGGUGAAGUUUGACUAUCGUGAGUUGUUUGGCUCGUUGCACCGGACGCGUUCGGACGUAGAGCAAAUGCGGCUGAAAGAGGCCUUUGUCCGGGCCAUCGACGAUGAUGUCCAGUAUCUGAGUGCCACCCUGAGUGGCGAGGAAGAGGCUUCUAUAGACGCACUGGUUGACAAGGCUGCAAAAAGGGUCUUCGCCGAGGAUGUCAAGACCUUUCACGAGGAACUCAAGAGAUUGCUAAGAAAAAUGGCAAGAGAGAAAGACAAGCAAGGCAAUCGGCGUCUGAACUUCGGCCAGGAGUUCUACGAUUCCGACAACCUUCCCUUGAUGCAGGAGAUGCUGCGCCUGGGUCUGCAGCAAGUGGCCAAGGACAAGCGCUAUGUCCUGCCCACUCUGCCCAAUGUCCAUGCGGCACCGUAUCUCAUCGAGUGGAUCUGCCAGCGCUAUGGAAAACGAUACUCGCAACGGGAAUGCGCUCAGGACUUUCACGAGAGCAAGGAAGUAAUAGACAAAAUGCUUGCUUUCAUGCGGAUGAACCUAGCUCGAAUCCCACCCCUCGAGUCCGAUGGCAGCCACAGGGAUCCCGGCAAGCGGCGGCAGGUGGCUCAGUGCCUCAGGGUGCAGCAUACGAGGCGCUUCGUGGACUCGCUCAUGGAGGUGUGCCGUGUCUUCUACUUUGCUAUGAGGCCCCAGUUAUGCAGCCCGGCGAUGAGGGCCACCUUUUACGCCUACAUGCCUGCCCACUACAACGACCUGGGCUUCUCUAUUCCCUCCAACGGCCUGUACACCUGACCACUUCUUGGCAAUCCUCAACAUAAAUCACAC